GUUCUUUAUUGCUGCACUGAGUUCAUACUGCACUGCACUGAACGGAACUAGUGCUAGCAGGACAAGUUGUUUGUGAGCAAGUAUAAAGAACGCGUCAGUGCAAUAAUUAACAUGGCGAUGAUCUUGAAUGAUUUAUUUUUUGAAUCUUCUGAUGAUGAAGAAAAUAAUAUGUUUCCAUUUCAACCUAUUGCGCGUUACGAUGACGAUGAUUUUUAUGAGUUACACAUGUUACAUCCAAUUUUCGGAUUAGUGCAAAGAAUUGAACAUGUGAAAAUAAACAAUUAUAUCGAACAUAUUGUUCAUAAUUAUAAUAACGUUGAUUUUCUUAUGCACUUUCGCUUGUCAAGAAGAGCAGCAUAUCAAUUAAUAGACCAAUUUACAGUGUCGGAAAUAUUUACUUCUAUACAAGAACGUAUACAAAAUAAUAAAAUAAGCGCUGAAAAACAUAUUUUAUGUUAUUUAUGGUUUGUGGGUCAUCAAACAGGAUCUUAUCGAGAUGUAGCAGAUAGAUUCGGAAUAACAAUAAGUGCGUUACACACAGUAAUAACAAGAGUAACCGAUUUUAUUUUAGCUUUAGCGCAUCAUAUUAUUAAAUAUCCAACUGAUCUCGAAAAAGAACAAACCUCAAACUUUUAUCUACAACGAAAAGGAUUUCCUAAUAUAAUUGGUGCUAUUGAUGGUUCUCACAUCAAAAUAGACAAACCUGCGGAAGAUCCUGAUUCCUAUAUAAAUCGGAAACAAUAUUUUUCCAUUCAUGUGCAAGGGACGGUUAAUCAUGACAUGAAAUUUAUUGACGUAUUUAUUGGGUAUCCAGGUUCCGUUCACGAUGCAAGAGUUUUUAAAAAUUCAACACUAUAUAAUGAUCUACAUAAUAUUUGUGGAGAUAAUUAUUACCUGUUGGGAGAUAGUGCUUAUCCUUGUUUGAAACAAUUGAUUGUUCCAUAUAAAGAUAACGGACACUUGACACGUGCACAAAGAUCAUUCAACCAGAAAUUAAGCUCAUGCAGAGUUGUUAUCGAAAAUGCAUUUGGCUGCCUUAAGCAAAGAUUUCGUCAGUUAUAUCACUUCAAAUUGCGAGAUAUACCACGAAUGGUACGAGUCAUACAUGCAUGUUGUGUAUUACAUAACAUUGCGAAUGUGCAAGACCUACACUAUUUUGAACCACAACUAAAUGAAGAAUAUCCUGAUAUUGAAUUACAAAAUAGACCAAUUGUAAUGAUCGAUAAUGCAAGGGAAUAUGAGGAUGAUGUGAGAGGAACGCAUGUUCGUGACGAAAUCUGUAAUUUACUAUCUCGAUAAAAAGAAAAUAAUGUAUUAUAAUUCAAAUAUUUUGUAUUAUAAAUUUUUUUAUUUUGUAAUGCAUAAAA